CCGAGCUCUUGCAACACAUUAUUAACACACGGCUGCUCUAACGGCUGCCUGCACGCUUCUGUACGACAAUGGGCGCAACGCCACUUAUUGAUCAUUGACGUUGUGCUCGCCGGGGAUCCGUUCCUGCCUACCUGUACCUUACCUGCCCAGGUACCUUGGCCCGCUCAGCCAGCCACGUACGAUACGAUACGGUGCGGUGCACCUUCCGCUCUGAAUUGAUCGGCCCACGCAACUCGGACACCGAUCGCACCUUCCAGUCUUCCCCUUUGGGAGGGGGUCAAUACCUUACUUAGUAGUAGCCUGAGCACUCAGAAACCUAAAGCCCUAAACUCCCAGAUCCGCCCAUACAUCCCAUCCCUCCCAAAACCAUCUUUCUGAUCUAAAGCAAAACGCUCCCCCAAUCGUCGAACCCACGAUGGCAACCGCGAUGGGAGACAACAAACCAACCACCACCACCCGCGUGUUCACCUCCCUCCAAGCCCGGUUGGAGUACGUCUACCAGGACCCGACCCGCCUCCACGAGAUCUCGUCGCCAGACGUGGUGCUGCACCCGGCCGACCGCGACGUGUUCUCCCCGCCGCGCGCUCCCCUAGUGGGGAUCGCCGCCGCCCAGGCACACGAGGAAGGGCUGAUGGCCGCGGGCGCGACGCUGACCUUCGACGUCGAGAGCAUCACGGUCGGAGGGGGAGGGGUCUUCGGCUGCGUGAUGGGUAUGCUCCGCGCGGAAAUGCAGGAGGAUGAGGGUGAGGGUGAGUGUGAGGAUGAUGAUCAUGAUGGGCAAAUCAGCAGCAAGAACGGGGGAGCCGGUAAGAAGAAAGGGAGCGAGAUGCCGUCGGAGCAGGGCCAGGAGAAAGGAAGCGGUGGGAAGGAAAAGAAGGGCGCAGGCAGCGGCGGGAGCAAGAGGAGGAGAAUGGAGAUGCCGUUCUGCGGGCUUUGGAAGUUUGAUGACAGGGGCAGAGUGGUCGAGCAUUGGUAAGUUUCAACGCUUGCUUUCACCCCACCGUCUUCUCCUCUCUCGAGCCGAUCAACAUUGCAAGGGUGGGUAUCUUCGUCCGGGAGGGAUAGGAGUGUUCUAAGGGGCCAAGGAGAGGUGAUAGAAGUGCCCUGAGACAGGCAGUCGUUUGUGUCCGAUCCGAGAAGCUCCAGGCAGUUGAGCGUUGUCAACCGUAUCAUCCGAGGGGAGGCAUGACUGACUUAAGUUUCAAUGCUAGGGAGAAUGCUGCCGAUGCGGCGGCAAUGAGAAGUUGGUUGCUGCGUGAAUGAGCAUAUGGGCGGGCCAGGUGG